ACAGUCCAUCAGUCUUCCCUGCCAGCAUUUCUGGGGAAGCACUUUGGAUUAAUCCAGUUAAUGCAGUGCAUCCUACAAAAGGUAACAUCUGGUAUCGACUUGGCGGUGACUGAUUCCAGCCCUAUCCCGAGCCAUGUUGAGCAUAACUCCGAGGAAACCACCGGCACUGCGCAUGCUAGAAGUCGCCGGCAGUCACGUUUUUUUCUGUGACGCUCCUAGGUAACCCGAGCCGCUAUUGUCUCUGUUGUAUUUAUGGACUCACUAUGCAGCGUUUCGAGAUGUUAUCAUGAGUUGGCAUGGCAGAGUCGUGUGGAUUUAAAAACAUGGAGAGACGAGUGCGGAUACGAAGCAUCUCGUCCGAAGAGGUAGAACUGACUUGGGAGGGGCAGGAAACAGUCGAAGAGGAGGCGGAAUCUCACGCCCCGAAACGCGGCUUGAUUACCGAAGAUUCAGAGGGGGGAGAUCACGAAACGCCGCGGGCCGACGUCUCUCCGGCUGCCGACGAGAUACCGACGUUCAUUCCGGGCCUGGGGAAACGUCUGGGCGAAGCCGACCUCUCAAUGGCGACGGAAUGUCUGCAGGAGAUCGAUUCUAACCUCCUGGAUAAGAGAGAAAUGUUUGACAGGGAGUUCCUCGGUCGGGAGGUCAAGCUGACCGGGCUGUUACGCUUUGGGGUACUGGACACAGGCUUCACGUUUCUGGAGGACGAUUCUUUUGAAGUUCCUCAUGACAUGACGGAAAAGUUUACAAAAGACACGGGAGAAAAAUCCACAGCGGGUGUCAUUAUUUACACAGACGAGGACACCUUGCUACCCGUGGUCUCCUACUUUAAGAUCAGGAUAGAAGCUUACCCCGACGUGGAGACGACGAAAAAACGGAAGACUUCGGACACAGACGCCAGUAAAAGUUUUCAGCGACGAGCUUCUGAUUUAUUUAUUCGAGUGUUCAAGACUUAAACAAGCAGGUAGCCAUGCUGUGAACUGGAUAACCCUAUUGUGUAGCUGUGUAUCUCAUACUCUAUACGAGGAACAAAGAGUGUAUUUAAGUUGUUUCUAGGAUACCUUUGAGUAAAGGAUUCAUCCGUAAAGGCCUUUGAGCCUGAUCCGUCCAGCAGACCAUUUCCUUCAAAUGUUCUAAACGAUCUUUUAUUGCCUUCGACAGAAGGCUAUGAAAUUGUUUUGGUACUGUUUGGCAGAUUGUGCACGAUCAAUUUUGAAGGC